AUUAAAAAAACAAGAGGCUUGUUAAUCUCUGCCACACAUUUAUGACAGCAGUCCCACUGGGAGGGCUGUAUUUCAGGGCAGCACUGACUAAUCUCACUGUCCGCUCUCUGCAGGCAGCACCACCCCUGUUAGAGGAAAGAGUGGCUUCCUGUUAUUCUUCUCCUCACAUUAUUUUUGUAGACUUAUCUGAUUGUUAUUAGCAGAGUGGAGCUCCAGGAUGGCAGUUUUGGAAGUUAUGGGUUUCUUCACUUUUCCCAAGUUUUUAUGUUUACUGAUAUGGGUUGCUGUCAGUUACAAUGGAAGUUAUGUGAAGGCAGACCAUAUCUCUAACCUUUCUGGAGGACUAACAGAGAACUCCAACUAUACUCUAACUACAGUAACAUUGGAAUUUGCAACCAGUUGCAAGGGAUUUUAUGGGAAGGCAGACCGUAUCUCUAAUCUUCCUGCAGGACUAAGAGACAACACCUCUUGCUAUGCCGAAAUCAUCGAAGUUGUUUGCUGGGCACAUUUUAAUUCCACUAUGAAUACAAGAUUUAAAAAUGAAAGUUAUUGUGACUGGUCCCAGGUGAUGAGGGUUUAUAGUGAAUUCCAGAACUGCACAGAAUACGUGAGUGAGUUUUACUGUCUUCCAUAUCCAAAUCCACUGGUAGAAGACUUUUUUUUUCAAGCACACAGAACAUUUUUUUCAAAAUGCAAUUCACCACCACCACCACCACUGGUUAUGGAUCCUCCAAUAAGCACUUUACUGGGUAUGAUUGCUAUUCCAAUCUGUUUGUUGCCGUUUAUGGUGCUUCUCGUUGUAUGGAAGACCAAAGACGGUGAACCUCAGUUAUAGAGUUGCUGUAUUAUUCCACUCUGUAUAACUAUUUUGUGUUAUUGCUGUUAUUAUUAUAUUAUCAUAUUAAUUGGAAAACAUACUAAUCAUUUGUAAAGAGUCACUGUAUAAAUAAAAAAGCUAUCCUUCUGCCUGUGUGAAUAAUAAUA